ACGGCGUGCGCGCGCGCCCCCGGGAGGCAGCGGGAGCGCGCACGCUCCGGGGCCACCGCCCCUCCCGGGUCGGGCCCGCCCUCCUUCCCUCCCUCCCCCGCUUUCCUGGCCCGCCCUGCCCGGCCCGCCCUGCGAGUCAGUUCGCUGGUUCCCUCCCUCCUGGGCGCGCUUGGGCCGCCACCGCGCACCCCGCCCUCGAGCCGCGGUGCCGGAGCCGUCCGCCGCCGGAGGAGGAGGUGGAGGGAGCCGGAGGGGCCCGCCGAGGCGGCGGCGGCGGCGGCAAGAUGGCGGACUUCCUGCCGUCGCGGUCCGUGCUGUCCGUGUGCUUCCCCGGCUGCUUGCUAACGAGCGGCGAGGCCGAGCAGCAACGCAAGUCCAAGGAGAUCGACAAAUGCCUGUCUCGGGAAAAGACUUACGUGAAGCGGCUGGUGAAGAUCCUUCUGCUGGGCGCAGGCGAGAGCGGCAAGUCCACCUUCCUGAAGCAGAUGCGGAUCAUCCACGGGCAGGAUUUCGACCAGCGCGCGCGCGAGGAGUUCCGCCCCACCAUCUACAGCAACGUGAUCAAAGGUAUGAGGGUGCUGGUUGAUGCUCGAGAGAAGCUUCAUAUUCCCUGGGGAGAUAAUUCAAACCAACAACAUGGAGAUAAGAUGAUGUCAUUUGAUACCCGGGCCCCCAUGGCAGCCCAAGGAAUGGUGGAAACAAGGGUUUUCUUACAAUAUCUUCCUGCUAUAAGAGCAUUAUGGGCAGACAGCGGCAUACAGAAUGCCUAUGACCGGCGUCGAGAAUUUCAGCUGGGUGAAUCUGUAAAAUAUUUCCUGGAUAACUUGGAUAAACUUGGAGAGCCAGAUUAUAUUCCAUCACAACAAGAUAUUCUGCUUGCCAGAAGACCCACCAAAGGCAUUCAUGAAUAUGACUUUGAAAUUAAAAAUGUUCCUUUCAAAAUGGUUGAUGUAGGUGGUCAGAGAUCAGAAAGGAAACGUUGGUUUGAGUGUUUCGACAGUGUCACAUCAAUACUUUUCCUUGUUUCCUCAAGUGAAUUUGACCAGGUGCUUAUGGAAGAUCGACUGACCAAUCGCCUUACAGAGUCUCUGAACAUUUUUGAAACAAUUGUCAAUAACCGGGUUUUCAGCAAUGUCUCCAUAAUUCUGUUCUUAAACAAGACAGACUUGCUUGAGGAGAAGGUGCAAAUUGUGAGCAUCAAAGACUAUUUCCUAGAAUUUGAAGGGGAUCCCCACUGCUUAAGAGACGUCCAAAAAUUCCUGGUGGAAUGUUUCCGGAACAAACGCCGGGACCAGCAGCAGAAGCCCUUAUACCACCACUUCACCACUGCUAUCAAUACGGAGAACAUCCGCCUUGUUUUCCGGGAUGUGAAGGAUACUAUUCUGCAUGACAACCUCAAGCAGCUUAUGCUACAGUGAUGUACAAAAGACUUGCUGUUUUAAUAUCUUUUUGUGUUUUUGAUGUUUUCUGUUUGUUUUGUUUUUUAAAAUAGCAGUUUACAACCAGAAUUAGAACAAUCUUAAUUCUGUGUUUAACUUCUUGAAAAUCUUAGUACUUUUUCUGCGGCCUUUGGUUUGUGGCUGAAAGCUAUUGAGUGACACAUCGCCAAGAUUUGCUGUAAUGCAGGCUUUGAUCUGUUUCACCAUGGCUUCUGUUCAAGUCCGGUUAAAACUUCCCAGCUGACCUCAGACUAGGCAUAUUUCAGGCUUUAAAUUAUUCUACUUUUCAAACUGAAUUCUCCUGCUGUGCCAAGUAUCAAAGGUGUCCUUAAAUACUUGUAGGGAUGAGGUUAGGAAUAUUCAGUUCCAAAGCAAGUAAGGUACCUUCUGUCCGCCUUACACAUAGCAGUGCCACUUGUUGCCUAACUUUAUGGUGACCUCCCAUUUUGUAAGGGCUGUUAGAAAAAAGUUUGAUCUAAGAAAUGGCAUUCUAUAGAUUCAUAGAAGGUUUAGCCUUCAUAUUUUAAUUGCUUGUGUACACAACAGCUGUUUUGCUUUUAGAUUUCUGUGUUUCUGAAGGUAAUGUUCUUCGUGUUUUCAAGUUUACAUAAGGUCUUUGGUCUAAUGCUGAUGAAGAAUUCACAGGUGGUAUGGGAGAGCAAAAGGCAAGCAAAUGCUAUUUACCGUGUUUUGGUCAAACGUAAUGAGUGAAAUAGAAUUUGCCUUUCUCAUAUUUAAUUAUCAUGUAGUUUAAUGUACCACAUGUGAAACAUUCUGGCCAUAGCAGCAACUAAAAACUGCAAGCAACUUGGUAACAGAACUUUCUAAAUAAACUUAACCUGUUCCAGAAUGUCAUAUAUUUGACUUUUAAGCCCUAUCUCAGUUGGUCAGUAAAGACCAAUCCUUACUGUAGGAAAUCAUUGUGUAUCAUCACAAACAUCUAUCCUUUGCUGUCCUGUCCAGUCCCAUCAGCUCCACACUGUGGCAUUUGUGGGAUUGUUUUGUUUAUUUGGAGCUUGCCAAGGGCAGUAUUUUUCUGUCAAACUAUUCAAGAAGGCAUUAUUUGAGAUUCCUGUUCAUUCUUGGUGUGUCUCUAAAAGAUACAGUAUGUACACAUUUGUAUAAUUGUUGUUUAUGAAAGUCCAGCUUUUUUGAGGUAUAUUUUAAAUGUUUUAAGGAUGCUUCUAAGGAUAAGUAGGAAUUUUUUUAGUUUGCACCUGAAGAUGAUUACAUUGACCCCCCCCCCCCCCCACUGCUUACCAAAUUAAAAUGUGUCGAUGAAGUAGCUUUGUGAUUGCAGAUACAUUCAUAGUGAACUCAUCAGAAUGGCUGGUUUGCAGUACUGAAAUACUAUCUUGUAGGCUGUAUGUAGUGUUACAAUUUGAUCAGAGAAACAGAAGUCCAAGGCUGGCAACAGCUUGAAAAGUCUGACAGCUUUUCUACUUUUCCUGAAAAUUUUAAGACUGUGAUAUCUGUCGUUUUACUGUAUAGCUGACUGUGUACUCAGGUAUUUUAUUGGUCCUUGAAAGAUUGGUCGUUAUGGAUCACCCAGCCUUUCUAAGUCAGUGGCUGUUCUGUCUUGCUGUCUGAUACGAGAGUGGGGCUCUUCAGUAAACUAACCAGGGAUUGUUCUUGACAUGCCUGACUUUUCUCACAUUUGAACUUCCACUAUCAUUGUAUCCAUAUAACUUCCAGUGUUUUCAUGCCAUGGUAAUACAUGAGCUACACAUACGUAGCCUGGCACCAUGAUGCAGGUGUUCAUGGUAUCAUUCAUGCAUGUUUGAAUAGUUCUACAUCUAGUGCUUCUUGCCAAAAAGAAUACAUUGUUGAAAUUGACAAAGUUAGCAUAAUGGCAGUGCUGAUGAAUAUCGGAAUGUGUGCACAGUAACAUUUGGACUGUUCAGUGGAGAGUUUACCCACACAUUUAGCAAAUUGAAUGGCCAAAACAUUUGACUCCAGUGAGGGCUCAAGUUAGAUCCCUAUAGAAAGAGGACACUUCAUCUUACUGAAGUCAUAAUUAAGAUCUGUGAUAUGAACCAUAGAUACUGCCGGACAAAGCAGAAAUCACCAAGUUUCCCCCUUUUGACUUACCACCGAGAAGUGUUAAAACACCAAAUAGAUAGCGUGUUAUUUUGGGCAUUUGCAGUUUCCUUCCCUGCUGCAUGUAAUGUCUCAGAAUCAACAUUCUUUUAAAAUCUAGACUAUAUUUUGAGGCAGUGAAUUACUUAUAUUCAACUUGGGCUUGUUUUGACAGUAGAACUUUAAGUUCAAUCUAAAGGCUUUAGUCCACAGUUUUUUAUGUUUUAUUUUCAAACCCUUUGAAAGGAGUCUUAUACCUGUAUCAUGAAAAUGGAAUCCUUUUGAAAUACCACUAUAGGAAGAGAGAGAUGCAAUUUAGUGAACAGAAUUGAAAAGGUGCUCAUAAUUUUCACUAUGCCAACUUAACCCCAGUCUCUAAAAAAGUAAUUUGGAUAUAAAGUUCUUUGAUGUAUUUGAUUUUCUAAAUCUUUAUGGUUAUGGUUUGGAAUAAAAUGUGCCUAAUCCUGUAUUACAUUCUGUUCUUAAAUCUGAAUGCCUUCUCAUUUAAUUCUGAAGAAAUACUACACAAGUGUCUUCAUUGACCUUGAAGAAAUGUAUACACAGUUGCCUUAUAAAACAAAUUUAGACCAUAACUUUUAGAAAGGGUUUUGUCAAAUGUUUUCUGAAAAUGUGAGUAUAAGCAUGCCUUUGCCCCUUUAAUAUUUUUAAUAACCUCCAUAGUUGCUGUCUGCCAAAUAUUAAAUUGAAAUCUUCGUUGCAGUUUUAUUAUCUGGAAAGGGCACUGGAUUGCUCUGCAACCAAAGAAAGCAAAUGUGAAAUGAAACAAAUCAUUCACUUUGUCUUAUUUUAAGGUGUAUUGGUAUGUAAUUUGCAUAGAGAAGGUCCUCUGGUUAGUCUCUCAAAUUGAGGCUAUUUAGGGAAAUCCUUAUUCAGUUGGUGGCAGUGGUUGGUUUAAAGUAGAAGGAAAUAAGAUCACCUUAAUACCAGAAAUGAUUAGAAGUGCUGAUUUAGAUUCAACAGAUACCAUAUGCCCUUAACAUUUUUUUGUGAGAAGAAAUGGGGAAGUCCUAACUUUCAUUGUGUACCCAAAUACUUGUAUUUAUGCUUUUGAUAAAAUGUAUUUUCAGAAUUAUUACACAUCCGAUUAUGCCUUAUUUAUAUACGAAGAGUAAAAUUACCAUGUUAUACUGUUAUGUCCUAAAAUUCAAAUCGCUAUUUGAGAAACCCUCAAAUUGGUGCUUUCAUUAUAUAAUGAUACAUUUAGACAAAACCCCAAACCAAGCCAUUUGAAACAAGAUUCUCUCCAUUGCAGUUUGUAGCAAUGUUAUUUCUGUGUAUAUCAUGAGAAGGCUAAAUAUCAGUGUUAAUUUCUUGUUUGAAUCCAUGAAAUCAUGCCUGUAAAGCCCAAACGUUUGUAACAAACUCCCUAAUAAAUUUAGAGAAAGUCACUCUGUUACCAUUUGAUUUAUUUUAGUUUUAUUUGAGGAAUUAAGACCAGAAGUUUUGCUCAUGUCUUUUUCACUUAAAAGUCUGACUUAGUACCUAGUUAGUCUCUCUGCCAUCAUUUCAAGGUGUUCACUUCUGUUAAUCACAGAUGAUCCAUCCUUGUGUUGUGCUGCUUGACUAAAAGCACUGAAUUUUUUUUUUUUUUUUUCUUUUGAGGAUAGGAUACAGGGUGGCUUUUCAGUCUAGUAAACAUGAGGAGGGGAGAGAUUGGGUGGGUGUGGGUGUGUCUGCGUGUCUCAAAUAUAGCACAUGCCCUUUUUUUAUGGUACGAGGUUAGGGCUUAGUAAAUGUAUACUAGAGUUUGAAGUGUAAGUCUAAGUCUGAACAUUUUAAACAAGUUGGACUUUAUGGCUUUUUCAGGUUCCAUCAAGUAGAUACUAGCCUUAGGCUGGUAGGUGAUUAACAGCAUUAUUUGGAGUACAGUGUUUGUACCACUAGCAUUCUUAUGUCUGUACUUGAAUGUAUAGUUAGCAUUUAAGUUAUGUUCACUCUUGCAGCGUUCAGGUCUAACCAUCUGGUUUCAAAUGCGAGAGCUUAUAUGGAACAUUGUUUUGAAAGCAUGAAUGAUACGGCAGUAUUUUAUGGCUUGAUAAGGAGAGUUUUGUGACUUAUUCAAAUCUGCUGUUGAUGAUGGAAGUUUACAGAUGGAUCAGCGUGUGCUGGGACUCACUGUGCAUGAAUUUUCAGUCAGUGAAUAUUACUGAAAGUCAUAUACUACUUACUUGGUAUGUGACUUUGGUUUGUAUUAAGAAAGCUUGUUUAUAAUAUUUCUUACCAUAGUAAAUGAUAAAUUUGUCCUUAAUCAUGCCUAUUGGAUGGUACUAGGAAAGAAAGGGGUAGAGAUUAAUUCUUGCAAAGUAUAUGCAACAGUGCAACAAACUGUGCCAUAUACCUUUUACCUCUUACUUGAAGGCAGAACCACAAAAUGUUUGAAAUGGCUUUUCUAAACUACUCUAGUCUGCUGAGAGCUCAUUGACCACAAGAAGCCUUAGAAAGUAUAUUUUGUAAUAACCCCAUAGAUACUGUACCUAACUAAACAUGAUUUGUAUUAGCUCUAUAAAAUAUUUGUGGCUUAGGGUUUUUUGUUUUUUUUUACAUAUGUCUUUUUAUAACUUUCCAGGAACUAAGCACAUUAUCUGAUAAUUGUAAAUUUUUUUGUCAGUGCUUUAGUUCAGGAUGGGCAAUAAAUUAUUUCUAAAGAGGUCUAAAAGUGGAAAGAAUGGUUUGAUUUUAUAAAAUGAGUUGCUAGUUCAUGACAGCUUUUUACUUUUGUACAUAUUUUGCAAAACAUUUGCCUCUUGCUAUUAAUAUUUGCUUUGUAAAAAUUACAUUUAAUAAACAUUUGUAAAUGAUUCA